AUGUCCACCAGACCUGCUCGGUGGGUCAUGGUUGACGACACAGAUACCAGCAUUCAGUAUAGCGGGCCAUGGGUGCAACCUGACGCCAGCAUCUAUGACGUUCAAGGCAAUUUUGGGCCAACAUACAAGCAGUCCUUGCAUGGAACAACCGGAGUUGCGAGCCUUUCUUACGCUUUCAAUGGAACCCGAGCAGCGAUAUAUGGGACGACUUACAUCAAUAAUUCGACGGGGGUUGUAGAUCCAGUCUGGCAGUGCUUUAUGGACGGAAUAAGCAGCGGUACACAAGUGCCGUUUCCUUUCUACGAGAACAAUUGGGUGUUCUGUCAGUGGGAUAGCUUACCCGACGGUCCGCACGUCAUGUCCGUCAAUGCCACCAGCAAAGGGCAAACGUUUUGGUUCGAUGAACUGCGGUAUUCACCGACCGCUGGAGCUUCGAUUAACGGAGGAGCCAUCCUUUUUGAUCACCGUGACCCCGAUAUUAAUUUUGAUAGCCAAUGGGGAGCAUUAGGAGGAACAGCCAACAUGACAUCAGUAACGGGGGCUACGAUGACUCUUGACUUCUUUGGUACCAAUUUGACAUGGUUUGCCAUGAUACCAGUCGAGCUUCCCCACGGGCCCACGACGGCAACCUAUGCCGUUGACAACAACUCAGCUGUAACCUUCACGCUCCCAGGCCUCCCAAAUGCAAACAAUGGGACUGCCACUCAGUACAACCAGAAGGUUUUCCAGACUACACCCUUACCCUUGGGCAACCACACUCUGAAAGUUGUUCACCAAGGCAACUCGUCCUUAACUCCAUUAGUCCUCAACUAUCUCGUCAUCCAAAAUCAAACCAAUUCAGCUCCGGAGACUAUUUCAUCUGUGCAUACGUCAAAGGGUCCUCCUGUUGGAGCUAUUGUUGGUGGUGCCAUUGGAGCAGUCUCAGCUCUCGUCCUCUCAAUUGUGUUAUUUCUUGUCAUCAGACACAGGCGCAAACGAAGGGCCAAUGCAAAUACGGUGGUAAAUGACAAUAAUAUCGUCGACCCAUUCUUUGCUGCCCCACCGUCCCAGCUGGACACUGGGAGUUACGGCACGAGCACGACACAGGUGCUGCCCGCUUCUCAACACAGACGGACGCCAUUGGGAAGCUUCAUCACCAACACUGGCAUCACUACUAGCACCUCUUCCAGCGGGUUUGGGAGCUACCCGACGAGUGGAAGCCGGAAGGGAGUGGCUAGUCCAGCAACUGUGGCGUCAGGAUCUGACGGCGAGCCUAAUCCGCCGCUAACGACGACGCGGAGACUUGUGCAUCAUCAGGACAGUGGUAUCCGGCUUCCAAAUACGGAGGUCGAAGAGGUUGUGGAUGUCCCUCCCAACUAUACUCCUGCUUGA